AUGGUUUUAACCGUCACGCAAAAUGUCAUUCGUGAUUUAUUACGCCAUAGUGAUUUUCUAAUGCCUUCAAAAUUAUCCGGCAAACGUGGAAAACGAUGCAAUUGCAUGGACCCUCUUCGGGACGUUCGAUCAAAGUAUACAAGUCAAUGCAAGAUAUUUUGUACUUUUCGUGAAAUAAGAUAUCGUGGUGGUUUGGGGAUACGAUGUGAACUCCUUCGGGAUUUGGAAACUAUACGAUUCAUAAUUGAUGACCAAUUGGGAGAAGAUGAAGCAAUUUUCCACUUUAGAGACGGUCGAAUUCUUGAAUACAGUGAUGUGAUUGCUAAAUGUCCAAGUGAAGUUCCCUCGAUUCAAGACGGUGUUAAUUUGCUUGAAUUUUACAACAACAAACUCAAGAAGAAUAUUUCUGAUGAACAAUUUGUUCUGAUGGAUAAGCAAGGGAGAUACCAUCCUAUUUCUGAACUGUUUAUUGCCAAAGUUCCAACACCGUGCUCCUCCUGUCAAAACCUGCCACAGUCCCCAUCAACCAACUCUCCAAAAUUGAAUGAAGAUACCCAGAAAGUCUAA